AUGAACAGCGGGGAGUCCCGGUCGGAGCCUCAGUUGGACUCCAACCAGCCCCGGUGCCACCGGUGGCACAGAGCACCACGGUACUACCAGUGGCAUGGAUCUGUGCCACCCACCGGUGCUGCAUGUGUGGUCCAAAGAGCCGAACAAGGUAUAUCACUGCAGCAGCCUGGACACCCCCCGGCUGAAGCCUUCUACCCCCCUCCUCCGUCCCCGGACCCCGUCAGUCCGCUCACUCACCUGGGGACGCUGCUGGCUGGACACGACGCACCGACCACCGACGGCUGGGACAGAAGACUGGAGCCCGGGUUUCAGUUUGUGGGAACGACGAGGGAAUCAGGAAGUGAAGCCCAUGCCGACCAAAGCGUUAUCAUCCUACAUGCCAAAGUUGCUCAGAAGUCGUAUGGUAACGAGAAGAGGUUCUUCUGUCCUCCCCCGUGUGUUUAUAUCAGUGGACAUGGAUGGAGAGUCAUGCAGGACCAUCUCAGAGCGGCUGGCUUUGGUGACUCCAUAUAUCGUGUUUGUGGUUAUAUGUGUCUGGACAGUGCCAGUCAGUCUCAGGCUGACACAUUUAAGCUGGUUUUUGAUGAACAACCCAACUCAAGGCAGAUAUUCGCCUGUGCAAAGUCAUUGUUCAUCUCUGAUCAGGACAAGAGGAAACACUUCCGCUUGUUACUGCGUCUGUUCCUGGGAAACAGACAGGAAGUGGGUUCAUUUCAGAGCAGGAUGAUCAAAGUAAUUUCCAAACCGUCACAGAAGAGACAGUCCAUGAAGAACGCUGACUUGUGUAUCUCGUCAUGCUCCAGAGUAGCUUUAUUCAACCGUUUACGCUCUCAGACAGUCAGCACUCGUUACCUGUCGGUGGACAGAGGAGCCUUCAUUGCCAGUGCCAGACAGUGGACAGCCUUCACCAUCACCAUGGUUGAAGACCAGCGUGCAGGCCAAGGUGACUUUGUGCUGAGCGAAAGCUUUAUCUGCUAUGGCUCUGUGGUCCAGCUGGUGUGUACUGAAUCUGGCGUCACUCUGCCUCCCAUGGUGAUCCGAAAGGUCAACAAGCAGCAUGCCAUCUUAGAUGUGGAUGAGCCGGUUUCUCAGCUCCACAAGUGUGCUUUCCAGUUCAGAGACAAUCCACAUUCCUACCUGUGUUUAUCCAAUGAGACCAUCAUACAGUACCAGGCCCAGUCCACUGUCAGGGACCCCAGCAGAGUGGUACUGAACGAUGGGUCCUGUUGGACCAUCAUUGGAGUAGAAGCAGUGGAAUUCACCUUUAAUCAGGGUGUGGCCUGCAUCCAGACACCAGUUAGUCCUUUUCCUGUGAUCACUACAUUAGAGGUGAACGGUGGAGGACACGUUGCAAUGCUGGAGAUCCAUGGUGAAAACUUCAGCCCUCAACUUAAAGUCUGGUUUGGCAACAAUGAAGCAGAGACCAUGUUCAAAUCACCCAAAUCUCUUCUAUGUGUUGUCCCUGAUGUCUCCGUGUUCAGUGAUGGAUGGCGUUGUCUGCGUCGAAUCAUCACUGUCCCGCUGUCUCUAAUCCGACUGGAUGGACUGAUCUAUCGCACCUCCUUCAGUUUCACCUACACCCCCGAGCUCCAGCUGUCCCCGCUGGUCCGAGGACCCGGAGAAGGGGGAAAGAGAGAAGAAGGCAUGGAGGGGGGCCAAGAGGGUGAUGACCUGUUGGAGACCAUCCAUCAGGAGUUCACCAGAGCCAAUUUCCACCUCUUUAUGCAGACUUAA